GAGCGAAGAGGAGGGGCUGCACUGUGCUGCGCCGUGCAGCUACAGUACUCACCUCUGACUGAAUCCCAUCCCCAUCUUUCAUAUCUCAACUUGUCCCGCUUGAGGAUGGACGUAUUUCCUUGCGGUCGGACCCGGUGAGGUGUCAGAAGAAUGCGCUUGAAGGGGGGAAUCUUCAGUAAAUGGAGUGUCUUUGUGCGUCGGUGGUGUUUGCUUUUGGUGACUGCAGAAAUUUCCAACGUGUCGGCGAGUCGACAGAGCACUGCCUUCUGAUGCGCUCUUGAAAAGGAGGAAUGGACAUGUGAAUGGGAAUGAUCUCCUUUAGCGGUUGAAAUAAGUGAUUUCAUUGUUCUAGUUCACAAACUCGAAACGGUAAACUGCCACAAAGUCACACACGUGAAAACAGCAUUGGUUGGCUAAUUGAGAGUUUUUUCUCUUGAGGGGGGAAUUCAUGCGCCGAUAGCUCACUGGGCCAAUAUGCCAGAAUGGGUCCUCUACAGUAUUUAUUUCUCUGCGGACUUCUGUACACCCAAAGCCACGGGUCUCGUCUUCGGCAGGAAGACUUCCCUCCCCGCAUUGUGGAGCACCCCUCUGACCUCAUUGUGUCCAAAGGGGAGCCAGCCACUCUCAACUGUAAGGCAGAGGGUCGUCCAGCCCCCACGGUAGAAUGGUAUAAAGAUGGGGAGCGUGUUGAGACGGACCGUGAUAAUCCCCGCUCCCACCGGAUGCUGCUGCCUAGCGGGUCCCUCUUUUUCCUACGCAUAGUCCAUGGACGACGAAGCAAGCCGGAUGAUGGCAGCUACGUGUGUGUGGCCAGAAAUUAUCUUGGAGAGGCCGUAAGCCGGAACGCAUCUCUAGAAGUAGCAUUGUUACGGGAUGACUUCAGACAGAACCCACAGGGUGUAGUAGUGGCGGUCGGAGGACCAGCCAGUCUCGAGUGUCAGCCACCACGUGGGCAUCCUGAACCAACCACCUUCUGGAGGAAAGAUAUGGCUCGUCUUGACCUCAAAGAUGACAGGAUCACCGUACGCGGAGGAAAGCUGACCAUCUCUAAUACCAAGAAGAGUGAUGCAGGGAUUUAUGUGUGUGUAGCAACUAACAUGGUUGGGGAGAGAGAAAGUGAAAAAGCUCAGCUCUCAGUGUUUGAAAGACCAGUGUUUGCACAGCGGCCAGUGAACCAGGUGGUCUUAGUUGACGAGAGCGUAGAGUUCAGGUGUCAGGUCCAUGGUGACCCACUGCCUACACUGCGCUGGAAAAAAGAGGAUGUGGAUAUUACCCGCGGCAGGUAUGACAUCAGAUAUGAGAAAGAGGAUUUUCUGCUGAGGAUAAAGAAAGCAGCAGUCAAUGAUCAGGGAACUUUCACCUGCCUGGCAGAAAACCGUGUUGGUAAAGUGGAGGCCUCUGCCUACCUUACUGUCAGAGCUCGCCCCGUUGAGGCACCCCAGUUCGUAGUGCGACCCCGUGACCAGAUUGUAGCUCAAGGACGAACGGCUACUUUUCCCUGCGAGACCAGGGGCAAACCUCAGCCCACUGUCUUCUGGCAGCGAGAGGGUAGCCAGGAUCUUCUGUUUCCCAGUCAGCCGACACAAGGAGAUAGCCGUGUUUCUGUGUCUGUGAAUGGAGAGUUGACCAUUUCAUCUGUGCAGCGCUCUGAUGCAGGAUAUUAUAUCUGCCAGGCCCUCACUGUUGCAGGCAGCAUCAUGGCCAAGGCCCAGCUUGAGGUAGCAGACGCCCUGAAGGACCGCCCACCACCCAUCAUCCGGCAGGGCCCAUCCAACCAAACGCAGGCACUGGGGGGUGUGACUCUACUCAGGUGUCUGGCGUCUGGGGACCCAGAGCCUACAGUCACCUGGCAAAAGAAUGGAGCCAGUCUGCUUGGAAAGGACCCGAGGUUUUCCCUGCUUGACCAUGGAAGCCUUCAGAUCCAGAGUACCAGGCUGUCCGACUCAGGGUUGUACACCUGUGUUGCCACCAGCUCCAGCGGAGAAACAUCGUGGAGUGCCUACUUGGAUGUCAGAGACUCCACUGACCUCAUAGAAUUCAUGUCUCACAAUGCAACGGCUCUCCCAGGGCCACCCUCCAAGCCAGAGGUCACCGAUGUUACCAAGAGCAGUAUCUCAUUGUCAUGGGAACCAGGGCCGGAGGCAGGGUCCCCAGUGUCCUCCUAUGUCAUAGAGUCCUUUGGUCAGUCAGUGAGUAACAGCUGGCAGACAGUAGCAGACCAUGUGAAGACCACAGCAUUCGCAGUCAAGGAUCUACGACCCAAUACUGUCUACCUGUUCAUCAUCAGGGCAGUCAAUGCUCACGGGCUUGGGGACCCCAGCCCCAUGUCUGAGCCUGUCCGGACACAAGACAUUAGUCCCACAGCACAGGGGGUGGACCAUCGUCGCGUGCAGAAGGAGCUGGGGGAUGUGGUGGUCAGCAUGCAUAACCCCGUGGUUCUUAGUUCCACUUCAGUGCAGGUCACAUGGACUGUAGAGAAUCCAUCACAGUUUAUUCAAGGCUACCGUGUUCUGUACCGACAAACAUCGGGGCUGCCCUCCCCAGGGCCAUGGCAGAUAGAGGACUUGAAGGUCGCCUCAGAGAGAGACAUAACUCUCUCUGGUCUGAAGAAAGGCAUUGUCUAUGAGAUUAAAGUACGGCCAUACUUUAAUGAGUUUCAGGGUGCAGACAGUGAAUCCAUGACAGCACGCACCAUGGAAGAAGCACCCAGUGCCCCUCCUCAACAAGUCACAGUGUUGACAGUUGGAAGCCAUAACAGCACAUCCAUCAGUGUGUCAUGGGACCCUCCUCCCUCAGACCAACAAAACGGCAUCAUACAGGAGUACAAGAUCUGGUGUUUGGCCAACGAAACUCGGUUUCAUGUCAAUAAGUCUGUGGAUGCAACCAUCCGUUCAGUGGUUGUCGGGGGUCUACAAACUGGAGUGCAGUACCAUGUGGAGGUGGCUGCAGGCACUAGCGCAGGGGUGGGGGUCAAAAGCAAACCCCAGCUCAUCAUCUUGGGUGCAGAGCUGAGGGACGUAAUGACGGGAUCAGAUGGCAACAAUAGCAUAUCAGACGUAGUGAAGCAGCCCGCGUUCAUUGCAGGUUUGGGAGGGGCCUGCUGGAUUGUCCUCAUGGGCUUCAGUGCCUGGCUGUACUGGAGGAGAAAGAAGAGAAAGGGACUCAGCAACUAUGCAGUUCAGUCCUUCACCUUUACUCGUGCAGUUACUUUCCAAAGAGACAGAGGCCUGAUCAGAAAUGGAAGCCGUCCGGGGCUGUUAAAAGCAGGUGACCCAGGCUUUCCCUGGUUAGCUGACUCCUGGCCCUCCACAAGUCUCCCAGCUAAUGGAGGCUUAGGGAGUCCAAAGGGUGGCAGCAACUUUGGCAGAGGAGAUGUUUUACCGUCCGCAGCAGUGGAGAAGACAGGCACCAUGCUGUCUGAUGGAGCCAUCUACAGUAGUAUUGACUUCAUGGGGAAGGCAGGCUACAGCAGCCCAGCGCGAGGCAGUCAGCCCACUCCCUAUGCCACCACUCAGAUACUCCAGUCCAACAGUUUCCACGAGCUGGCUGUGGACAGGCCGGAUCCCCGCUGGAAGGCUUCGCUGGCAGCCCAGCAGGAAAUAGCGAACCUGGGCUACUCGUUAACUGACAGACACCCUGGCAGUGGUGCAAAGGCUGGAAAGAAAAAGAAGGUGAAGGGUGGAACAAAGACCUCUAAAUCAAAUGGGACAUGUUGGGCUAACAUGCCCCUGCCUCCACCAUCUAUGCACCCACUCCCCGGUACUGAGGUUGACCUUGACCGUUACCCUGAGGAAAACCACGGAGGAGGAUAUGAGAGCAACAACUGGGCACCAUCCAUGUCUCUCCAGACCUACCACCACCAGAAUUUGGACAAUGAGAUAGAGGAGGAGAGAGGUCCCACUCCUCCCCUGAGAGGAAGAUCCACUUCCCCGGCAGGAGCUCCCUUCAGCCAGCCCAUGUCCUCCUCUCUCAGCUCUGCCCGCCAUGACGAAAUGCAAUCCAUUUUGCAGGCCCACUUGGAUGAGCUGACCAGAGCUUACCAAUAUGAGGUGGCCAAGCAGGCUUGGCACAUGAAGAACAGUCCAAACAUGUCCAACACCAGCACCAUUCCUCCAAUAGACUUCAUGUCUGGUACACUGGGCUCUGAUCUGGGAGCCACUCUCCUUUCUGAUGAAGACGAGGAUGAGGAGGAGGAUGAAAGAUACACUAUGGUGUCAAAGAAUUUGUGUGGCUUUGAAUACACUCCUGGUCACAGCAUGGACAUCGCUGAGGGCUCAGGAAAAACCUCCAAGCAGUGUCACUCAGACAUCUCUGGUAUGGCAGACCACAGUGUGCAGGGCACACGUAGCCUUAGCCACAAGAGGGCACCACUGACUGGUCUCAAACCUCAGACAGACAAGGUUGGGACUCUGCCCAAAGGAAAAGACAUCAACACAGACAGCCACACACCGGCCAUGAAGUCUUUGCACAGCACAGGCUCACGUAUGCCCUGCUCAUGGGCAGCAGCAGCCACAGAUCCUUCUGAGGAGUGCAUGGUGACUGUGUCAACACUGGAGCAGCAGCAUAUGGCUUCCUGGAGUGGCACAACAGCAUCCAGCAGGGCCACCCUGAGUAGGGGUUCCCACAAGAGACCUGGCACAGCUCUCUCCCAGAACGGUCAUCCUCCCACAAACAGCACAGAGAGAAGGGAACACUAGUCUUUGUGAAGCAUCGUUCCCUGCAGUCGCUGCCCGGCCCAGGACACCUUGUUUGUUAGCGCCAUGAGAUUUUCUCUCUGAGAAUGACACAGAAUGAUGUUUGGAAGAUGGAGAGAAGACAGAAAGAAGACAAGGAAGCAGAGUGUGAGAUAAAAUGCAGAGCUGUAAAUGUCAUGUACAGACACAGACACCAGUCUCACAGUGUUAUUUUCAUCCUCCCUCAUCAAAAGAGUAAACAGUAUGUUAUAUGUCCGCUUCUAUUUCACAUGAUGUACAGCAGUUCACGCACUGGAAAUGAAGAUGAAAAAUCACAAUGAAAUGACUAGUUCAAAUGAAAAGGACUUGCAUAAUUUGUAAAUAUAUUUUUUAAAUGUUUUUUUCUCUUUCUUUUGCUUUGCUAUGCAAGUCGAACCUGUUGUCUCUUUUCGUGAUUUAUUACAGUGAAUCAUUUUUCAUUAAUGCAACUAUUAGCUUAUUUUGACGAAGCUACUGUAUUGUUCUACUUUGCACAGAGCGUUUUUGGUGAAAAUAAGCACAAACCCAUUGUCAGCUGAGCUGAAGAGGAGAAUCAUAAUGGCAAAGAGGGAUGUCUAUGUUAAACAGAACCUAAGCAGAAGAUAUAUACUUGGCUGUGCUGUAACUGUUUUGACAAAUACCCAUAUAUCAAGAGUUACAAGGAAAGAAUUGAAUACAGGUACAUACUUGGAAAUGAUAUGCCAAAAUAAAUAACUGUGUUUAAUACUGCUUUCUAGGAAUACUAUUAUGCUUUAUACUAAUAAUGAUUCUUAGAAAAUGUUUUUAUGGUAAUAAAGCAACACAACAGAUUUGAUAUCCAAAGCAAAUACAUGGGAAAUUUGGCAUGUGUCACCUCUGUGAUAUAUAUAUGAGUGUGUACAUGUGUGUAUGUGUGUGUUUCUUUUCCAGUCACACACAGUGACAUGAUGAUGUGUGCAAUAUUCACAAGAUGGUAUGACAGUAAAAGGGAAUGGAAAAUUAAAAGCAAGUCAGUGGUAGCCACAGGCCAUGUGCUCAUUACCUUAGAGGAGCAGAGACAGAUGCACUAAAAUGUCUUGAUGUCAACUGAAGAUAAAUAAGAUGGAAGUUUUAAUGACACUUAUACAUGAUAUUAAACAUCAAAGAAAUGAUGGUAAUGGAUUUACACUGUCUUACAAAUAUGUAUGGAGUUGAAAGACAGCCAAAUAUAAAGAUCCUUUGAAAAGUUUUAACAUGGAACCAAUUAAUGUUUUCUGCCAGUGAGAUUUUACACUUGUUUGGAUGCUUGUAUUUGGAUCAGUGUUCUGGUGAUGGCUCUCCCUUUGAAGAAUCUUUACCUGCCAGAUUGGUUUGCCCUCAGGAAUACUUAGCCGCAUACAGUAGGGCCGGUUUUCAAUCCUUUGAUGCAAAAUAAAAUGUGUAUGUGAAAAUUAACCAGAUUUCUUCUCAGAGUACUUUUGAAUCUGACCUACUGUUUGUAUUUACCCACCAAAAGUUGACUUUUU